UCAAAUAAAAUAUAAUUUUGUUUGUGUCAAGCAAUUUCUUAAUCAUCCACUUGUUUUAUAUAAGUGUGUAUAUAUUUAGUACUAGUAGGAACAAAGAGCUAGCUUUCAAAUAAAGCCUAUAGUAUGGAGAUUCCAUAUAAUUAUUACAACUUAAAUCUUGUAUUAUUUUCUUGUGCAAUUAUCUUAGUAUUGAGAUGGGCAUGGAGAAUCUUGAAUUGGGUUUGGUUCAAACCAAAAAAGUUGGAGAAAUGCCUAAGGCAACAAGGUUUCAAGGGGAAUUCUUACAAGUUUUUGUUUGGGGAUGUGAAAGAAAUGAUGAAAAUGGGAAAAGAAGCUUUGUCAAAGCCUAUUGAUUUCUCACAUGACAUGAUUUGGCCUAGAGUCAUGCCCUUCUUCCACAAAACCAUCAAUAAUUAUGGUAAGAAUUGUUUUGCUUGGUAUGGGCCAAGACCAGCUGUGGUUAUAGUGGACCCUGAACUUAUAAGAGAAGUGUUAACAAAGAAUUACAUUUAUCAAAAGCCUCCUGGCAAUCCAUUAACUAGGUUGGCAGCAAAUGGGCUUGCUGGCUAUGAAGCUGAUAAAUGGGCCAAACAUAGAAGAAUUGUCAAUCCUGCUUUUCACCUUGACAAAUUGAAGCAUAUGCUUCCUGCGUUUCAAUUGACUUCUUCGGAGUUGUUGAAGAAAUGGAAGGAAAUUAUCUCGAAAGAAGGAUCAGAGAUAGAUGUGUGGCCAUAUCUUCAAACUUUGACAAGUGAUGCAAUUUCUAGAACUGCAUUUGGUAGUAGUUAUGAAGAAGGAAAAAAGAUUUUUGAACUUCAAAAGGAACAAAUGGGACUACUUUUACAAGUAGCACGUUCAUUAUACAUCCCAGGAUGGAGGUUUGUACCAACAAAAACAAAUAGAAGGAUGAAACAAAUCUUUAAUGAAGUGGGAGCAUUGAUAUUAGGAAUCAUCAAAAAAAGAAUAAAGAUGAUUGAAGAUGGAGAAAUACAUGAUGACUUAUUGAGUAUACUAUUGACAUCCAAUUUACAAGAAAUCCAACAACAUGGACAUAAAAAAUUUGGUAUGAGCAUUGAUGAGGUGAUUGAAGAGUGUAAAUUAUUUUAUCUUGCUGGACAAGAGACUACUUCAGCUUUACUUGUGUGGACAAUGAUUUUAUUGAGCAAAUAUCCUAUUUGGCAAGAAAGAGCUAGAGAAGAGGUUCUACAAGUGUUUGAAAGUGAUGAAUUUGACUAUGACAAGUUGAAUCACCUAAAAAGUGUUACUAUGAUCUUAAAUGAGGUUUUAAGGUUGUAUCCAUCAGGAUAUUUUAUUAAUAGAGUGGUGACCAAAGACACAAAGCUAGGGAAUGUGUGUUUACCCUCUGGGGUGCAACUUUUGUUGGGAACAAUUUUGUUGCAUCAUGAUACUGAAAUAUGGGGAGAUGAUGCAAUGGAGUUCAAUCCUGAGAGAUUUAGUGAUGGAGUAGCCAAAGCAACAAAAGGACAACUUGUGUUUUUUCCUUUUAGUUGGGGUCCAAGAAUAUGUAUUGGCCAAAACUUUGCUAUGUUAGAGGCAAAAAUGGCAAUAGCCAUGAUUCUCAAACACUAUUCUUUUGAACUCUCUCCAUCUUAUGCUCAUGCUCCUCAUCCACUAUUGCUUCAACCUCAAUAUGGUGCUCAUUUGAUUUUGUACAAGUUGGAGAAAUGAUCAUUUGGAACUUAUUAUUAGAUUUAUAUCAUUGUAAUCAUCAACUAUAUAUGAGUGAACAUGCCUGCUCUUUUUUUCUUGUAAUAGAGAUCAUUAUACACUUCAGUCAAUAUAAUUAUGUUGUGUGGUUUUGAAUGCAACUUGCUUGGAAAUA